AUGGAGAAGGUCCAAGAGGAGAUGAAGCAAAAGAAGUCUCUGAAAUCUGGCAAAAUUGUAGUUGAACAUUUCCAAACAUUCCCAAUAAUACACGACUGGCUCAUGGCACCGGAUGUUUCGGUGAAUCACGAGGCCGCAUGUGCCAAGCGUCAUGCAGAGACAGGAUCAUGGUUUGUCAAUAAUGACCACUUCACUAUUUGGAUGGAAGCUCCUUGCUCAUUCUUGUGGGUCAAUGGCUUCGCAGGUUGUGGCAAGUCUGUUCUUUGUUCAACCGCUAUUGACCAUACAGCCCAUCAAAAUCAAUCCAAAGACCGCGUUGGAAUCGCGUAUUUCUAUUUUGACUUUAAUGACGCAGCGAAACAGAAUGAGUCCGGCAUGCUACGUGCGCUUUUGUUACAAGUGGCUAGUCAGCUUGAAGAUAACGCAAAGGAUAUCCGAAAUAUGUACGAUUUGCAUAAAAUGGGCACUCCCUCCGUUACGACGCUUCUAAAGUAUCUGAAGCGCUCUCUCCGACGGUUUCAUUACUGCUAUAUCUUCUUGGAUGCUCUGGAUGAAUGUCCACGAUACCAGGAAAGAGCGGGGACACUGGCGGUCAUCAGAGAUAUGAGAGAUUGGCAUAUUUCCGGCGUCCAUCUUUUGGUAACGAGUCGCGACGAAUUCGAUAUACGUGAAUCUCUUCACCCCAAGAUAAAUGAAAUAAUCACCAUGAAAAAUAAAGAUAUUGAGAACGACAUAUCAUGCUUCGUUCGAAGUCAACUAAGAAAUAAUCAGAGCUUCAGGAGAUGGGAAGCGUAUCAUGACGAAAUACAAGAUAGAUUGACGGAGCGCGCACAGGGGGUGGUUUUUGAACUUCAGCUUAAAGAUCUCCAAAAAGCCCGAACUGCAAGGCAUUUGAAACACUGUCUAGUGUCUUUGCCUCGUGAUCUUGAUCAGACAUACGAGAGAAUAUUAUGCAGCGUCGACGAUAUGUAUAUCGAUGAUGUGCGGCAAAUCAUGACUCUACUUUGCUCUUCGAAGCGCCCAUUGACACUUUCAGAAACAACUCACGCACAUGCGGUUGGCCUUGGUCAGUGGAAGCCCACUGAUGCCGGGAACCGAGUCUUGAAUAUGGAUGAUCUUUGCGAAAUAUGUGUGGGAUUAAUCGAAAUCAAAUUGAAUGAGGAUGACCCCGCGAUGCAUGACCCAACUGUUUACAUUUGUCAUUCCUCAGUACAGGAAUAUCUCCAGUCAGAUCGUAUCUGCCAACAGAAAGCCGCAAGGUUUGCGUUGUGCUCGGAAUCUGCACAUAUGGAGCUCGCACGAAUCUGUCUCACUUGCCUGGUCUAUGACAUGGGCCCUAUGGCAGAGUCACAAGAUAUGACCCAAAUGAAUUCAAAGCAUUUUCCGUUGGAUCGAUUUGCUGCAGAAUACUGGUUCUAUCAUUACACGAAUUCUGGAAGCGAAAACGUACACAACGACGAGCUGGUGCAAAAGCUCUUCAAUGACAGUGAGGCUUUCAGCAAAUGGGUCAGAACCUACGAUUUUGAUCAUCCCUGGAGAACUUCAACUCACAGCGAGGGUGAAACUGCAUCACCCCUGUAUUAUGCGUCCUUGUUGGGCUUGGUCCAAGUCAUUGAGAAGAUUCUGAACGUCGGGUAUGAUGUCAAAGUCCAAGGUGGAGAGCUUGGAAAUCCACUACAGGCUGCCUCUUUCAAUGGCCAUCACGAAGCUGUACAACUAUUGAUAGAACGAGGUGCCGAUGUAAACGCUUCAGGAGGAAGAUUUGGGACUGCGCUGCAAGCUGCAGCAGUGAAAGGCCAUGAUCAAAUUGUACGACUUUUGUUGGAUCGAGAAGCAGAAACAAACGCACUCAAUGGGAGAUACGGCAAUGCCUUACAAGCUGCAUCAUGGGCUGGCCACGGUCAGGUGGUACAAUUACUGAUAGAUCGAGGCGCUCAAGUGAAUGCUCAAGGUGGAAGGUUCGGAAAUUCACUACGAGCAGCAUCUCGGGAAGGCCACAUGCAGGUGGUACACAUACUUUUGAAUGAACAAGCGGACGUGAAUGCUCAAGGUGACGGAUAUGGCACUGCACUCUACGUCGCUCUCCAGGAAGGUCAUAUGAAAGUGGCACGACUGCUUCUCGAUCGAGGAGCGUGUGUCGACGUUCAAUGCGGCGAAUAUGGCAACGCCCUACGUGCGGCAUCCUGGCAGGGUAAAGCGGAUGCGGUACUGUUGCUGCUCGAUGGAGGUGCCGAUGUUAAUCUUGAAGGGGGAUACUUCGGCAACGCACUUCAAGCUGCUUCGUGGAGAGGUCAUGAUAAGAUUGUACAAAUCUUGUUAGACAGAGGCGCUAACGUCAACGCACAAUGCGGAAAUUUUGGAAAUGCAUUGAGAGCUGCGUUAUCAGGAGGACACAAAUCUGUGGUGGAUUUACUCAAAGCUAGAGGCGCUAUAAUGUCCGAUCAGGCUGGAGAAGACACCAGUGAGUUGGCAAACAUGUCGGGUGAAAGCCCAAUAGGUGUAGCACAACAUGAGGACCUCAUCAGCGCACUGAUAGCAGCAUCCUUGGAAGGUCAUGAAAAGGUAGUUCAAAUGUUGCUGAGCCGUGGAGUUGAUGUUAACGCGCAAAGCGGAGAAUUGGGGACUGCUCUCCAGGCUUCAUCUGUUCAAGGCCAUGUCAGGGUGGUGUAUUUAUUGCUCAAUUGUGGUGCUGAGGUGAAUACUCAAUGUGGAAAAUUUGGAAGCGCAUUGCAGGCUGCCUUAUCAGAGGGACAUGAAGAGGUGGUGCAGAUACUACUGGAUCGAGGAGCCUAUCUUAUUGACUAA